AGGGUUCAGCAGGUCAUUACGUCUCUGUUUUUCUUCUCUAAAGCGGUGAAUAUCAGAAUAUUAUCUUUCCAAAUCUUUUUUAGACGAGCUUCUCACUCUUUUGGAUGGCACCCUUCGCGCGGCUCGCGCUUCUCGUCUGAAUGCAGCGCUGACGAUCCAGUUAUGUAGUCAUGUUCUCCAUGCCAUCAACGCUACCUUGUUCAAUUCUCUGGUUGGCGUAGCGCCCAAUAGCGUGCAGCUGACGACCCGACUUGGAAAAUGUCUGCAAGCAAGGCUGGCUGCUAUACACGGGUGGGCAGAACAAAUGGGAGUCGAAUUGGCCGCCGAAUGCCAUUUGGACAGAAGUCGACAAGCAGCGACUCUUUUGGCUGCUCAGAAGAACGACGUGGCUGCACUUGGAGCAACUUGCUACAAAUUGAAUAGUCUACAGGUUCGCCAUUUGCUCACACAUUUUGUUGCUCAAGAUGGAGAGAUUCCUUGUGACAAUGACGUGAUAACGCGAAUUGUUGGACUUUCGGAACGGCAAGCAGAUGCGUUAACUCUCCAGGUAAAGUCUAGAACUUUCUUUUAUAUUCUCAAAUCAUAUACGAAAAAUUAUCUUUCGAAGCGAUAUAAUGAAAACAGGAAAAAUAAAAAAAGUUAGUA